AUGACAGCUAACUCCAGCUACAAGCUCUCACAAGAGCAAAUUGAUCAUUUCAUGAGAUAUGGAUACGUGCGUCUACCAGAGUGUUUCUCCCGGGAGAAAGCAGCCGAGUGGGCAGGCGAUGUGUGGACUAGACUCGGUGUAUCACCAACGGAUAAGUCCACAUGGACAACCGAAGUUACCCAUAUGGGAGACACCAAGGAAGAACCGGGGGAAGACCGCGUGGCACCGGAAUCGGCCACUUGGAACGAUGCAUUGAUCGUAAAUCUCGGCUCCCCCGAGUCCGAGGGUACUUGGCCCCAUCCUGCUGAUCUGCCGGGGUGGCAUGUGGAUGGCGACUUCUUUACCCAUUUUCUUGAUUCGCCCGAACAGGCCCUGCUCGUUAUACCGCUAUUUACCGACAUCCAGGAUCGUGCAGGUGGAACUAUGAUCUGCCCUGAGGCGAUGAAAUUUGUUGCCCAGCAUCUGUACAAUCAUCCUGAGGGCGUGACACCGUACAUGUAUCCCCGUGGCCAAAAGCCCGUUGAGAACCCCAGUGAUACACCCUUUUACUCGGAUAUCAUGAAGAAAUGCACCGACUUCCACGAAAUGACUGGUGAAGUGGGCGACGUGAUUCUUCUCCAUCCUUUCAUGUGUCACUCGAUUUCUGUCAACAGCCUGAGACAUCCCCGGGUUAUUACCAACCCUCCAGUGGCCUUGAAACAGCCAUUCAAGUUUGACCGGGAUGAUCCUUCCAAAUACAGUCUCGUGGAGAAGAAGACACUAGAGAUGCUUGGCAAAGACAGGCUGUCUGGCUGGAAAAUCCAAGGGAAGCGAGAGUUCGUUGUUCCUCCGAGGCUAAGGGGUGAAAGCCGAUCGAGCGAGAGUAAGAUAGAAAAACUUGCGAACAUCACCGGACAAGCCAUGCCAGCCGCCUGA